AUGCAACAACCAGGUCGGCUGAGGCUGAGGCCAUGGCUGGAGGAGCAGAUUCAUUCUGGAAGGUAUCCUGGUGUGAGCUGGCUGGACCAGUCAGCACAAAUCUUCCAGAUCCCAUGGACCCAUGCUGCUCGUCAUGGCUGGAGUAUUGAUCGUGAUGCUACACUCUUCAGGAGCUGGGCCAUGCACACUGGACGGUACCGUCCAGGCAAAGACAAGCCGGAUCCCAAGACGUGGAAAGCAAAUUUCCGCUGUGCUUUGAAUUCUCUGCCCGACAUCUGUGAGCUGAGGGAGCACAGCAGGAAGAGAGGCAUCAAUGCCUUCCGAGUCUACAGGAUGCUGCCCAGCACUCAAACACACAGACGCAGGAGAGCACUGCGCAUCAGCAGGCCCAGAGCGAGACAGGCGAGUUUAGGAGAUGACACGUACAUGAUGAUGAACACUUGGCAUCCCACAACAACAGAAGCCAAUUCAGACACGACAAUGAAGGUUGACAAUCCUGCAGAGCAAACAUUCAGCAGCACUCAAACGCAUGGGAUGUGGGAGGUCAAACCAGAGGAGCAGGAACAGAACGAGGCCGUGUUUAAGUUAAUGGACCACUUAAACAGCACUGACCUCUGGAACCAAACCGGGGAACAGAAAAAAUGGAGAACACACACACUGUGGGACCACUGGCACUGUGCUGGUGAUGAUAACCUGUACUCUCUGCACCCAGAGAACUACGGUGAGCUGUUGGGUUCAAACUGCUUCAAGGAGCUUUCUGAUUGGUCCUCAAACCAGCAAACACUGAUGCCAUAGCUUCACACAACAGCUUGGCAUUUGUACCAUUAUUGUUUCAAGCUUCCUGUCUAACCUGCAGCUGUUUUCCUCCUGCUGUUUAAUCGCUGUGCUGAACAUUGAGAGGGAAACAAGAGAUGGCGAAUAGACGGAUAUAUGGUCGUUCCAGCCUAUCGCUCAAUUGUCCUCUGUGCUGACGCUGCUGAGAUGAAGAUCCUGUUCCAAGCCAAGCUCAGCACAGGGCGUCAUCAUCAUCACUGGGGUUCACUUUAUGUAUCGGCGCCCCAAACUCACUGAAUUGAGACCAAGCUUCCACCACAGCUACAGAGUAAACAGAUUCAUGUCAGUGCAGGAUCAGUUACUGCUGUAGUUUUACAUACAGUAAAAUACAGUGAAGACCUCAGAGGCAGGACGUGUCUGUGUGCUCGUGCUUUGUGGGAGGUUUAACGCUGACCCAGGGUGUUUAAAAAAACAAAAGAAAA